ACACGCUCAGGGCGGAACCAUGGAAAUAUAACGGAGCUUGUGCGCACAGAGGAGAAAGUUCAGUCAGCGGGACGUGAAAUCUGUGGAAACUGCGCAUAAGUGACGCACAGCGCGCACCGGCGACAUGGCAGAAGCGGCUGUUGUGGACGCGGACACGGGACUGUCCCACAGUCCUCUGGUGUCUGUGUCCUUCCAGAGGAACGAGAGGAGAAAGCUCAAGUUUCUGGAGGGAGAGCCCAAGGCCCUGGGGAUCACCCAAGUCUGCUUCAUCCUCUUCCACGUGAGCUGUAUCGCCACCUUCAUGUACACUGGUGUAGGCAGAUGGUUUUAUAACAUACAGGAAUUAAUUGCAUCGGUUUUUGUUUUAAUUGGAGGAAGUUUGGCCAUAGCAGCAAAAAAUCUGCAUCUUCCUACGCUCAGGGCUUGUCUAGGGAUGGAGAUUUUGUCCAGUGUGGCCUGCCUUUUCAACAUGAUGAUCAGCUCGAAACAGCUUCAAAGGGCAAGUUAUUAUUAUUGCUCUGAUGCUUUAACACCUGAAGACAAACUGCAGUGUGAGAACAUGGGUAAUGCCUAUAUGCAUCUUUUUGCUGAGUUUCUGCUCAUCCACGUCACUCUCUUUGCCAUUUCUGUCACUCUGGUGGUCUACGCCUGUAAAGUGGUCAACUGCUGCUCUCCUGCUCCGAAAGUGCCGGUGAUAAUGAUACAAGCCCCUCCGGCCCCUCAGUGAGGACAGCUGGAAACAAGGCUCAUCAUUUACUCCAGUGUGACACAAAUGUCUCUCAGUACUAACAGCAUGUUUGUUAUGACACCUACAAAUAUUAUCUACACAUUUUAUUACAUCUUCAGAACAGUUUUUUGCACUGUACGUAAGUUUUUAUUUAUAUAGCGCUUUUCACAGACAUUUGUCACAAAGACAUUUUACAGAGCAUUAUUCUUUCACGUCACACCUGGUGGUGGUAAACUACUAUUGUAGCCACAGCUGCCCUGGGGCAGACUGACUGAAGCACGGCUGCGAUGCCAAUCUGCACCAUCGGACCACCACCCUCACUCACACACACACCACUUUGAUACUAGGCAAUGUGGGUGAAGUGUCUUGCCUAAAAACACAACAGUUUUUGCAACUGGCGCCCCCCCGUGGCUCCUGAGUUUCCCAGCGUCUCCCAUCCAAGUCCUGACCAGGCCCAGCCUGUUUAACUUCUGAGAUGUGACAGGAUCAGGCUUUGACAAGCUGGUAUGGUCACAUACACUGUACUUAUGCAUGUUUGUGAUUAUGUGUAACAAGAAGUUUUAUCAUGCUGUGAAUUACACUUGUUAUUCAGAUCUUCAUAACUCACUUGUUUGAGUUUUGAAUUGCUUGUUUGCGUGUGAUUUUUUGGAUUUAUUUAUUUUUUAAAUAAAUAAAAAUAGAUA